AUGCAACAACAACAUUCUUUGAAAGUUUCCAUAAUAAAAUGUACUGACCUGCCUAAAGUUGACUUGUUGGGAUCAUGUGAUGCGUAUGUGCAGGUGUGGGUUGCUCACUCAGAUCCAAACAAAUUUAAACAAGCACAGACUGAUAAUGAGGAGGGAAUUAAACAGACAAGAGUGAUUACUAGUUUAAAUCCAGAAUUUAAUGAACAAUUUCAAUUCAAAUUUCCUCAAGUCAAUUCUGGUAUGGAGAAGAAGGAUCCAAUGGAUAAAUAUUUGGUAGUGAGAGUGGUGGAUAAGAAUGCCAUAUUGAAGGAUGAAGUUAUUGGAUUUGUAAUGAUACAAUUUUUUGGAUUGAAUUUAAAGGUGGGAAAACCAUUGAGAAGAACCUACCCAUUGAUUGAUGCCAAAUCUGGAAGUAUUGAAUUGUUUUUUGAAGCAGUUCCAAGUGUUGGAUCCAAUGAUUUGGCUGUCACGAAUCAGAAUUUACCAAUUUCUGAAUUAUAUGACAAUACUUUCAUGACAGUUGGUCCUGUAAUUGGUACAGUAACCAGUAAUAGUGCAAGAGUUUUGGUUGAGUGCUCGAAAGCUAUCAAUUUGAAUGUACAAGUUUUUGGAGUUUGUGAGAGAAGUCAUUUCAAUGUUGAGGAAUCAUUUUUCAAAAAGAAACGCUCUGGUUCUCAUUCGAAAGUGUUGAAUAAUUCACUCAUGACGAUGAAGAAACAAGGUAUUUGUUUUUCAAAAACAGUUUCCAUUGAAAAAUCGAAUACUCCUUUCGUAUUUCAAUUGGAUGGAUUGAAACCUGACACUGUUUAUCGAGUUGAAUUUGGAAACAUUUGUAAUGGUGAAACUCGAGUAGGAAUCAUCAAGACAAUGAUUGAUGAAGAUAAAUUAUCUCAAAUUCCAGAUUCAUCUCACAAGUUGACCAUCAAUUGUGUGAGUUGCAACUUUAUUGAAAGAAGAGAACCUGGAAAGGAUACUUGGGAACGAAUGCUGGAACAAAUUGACAAUACUGAUGUACUUCUUCAUAUGGGAGAUCAAAUUUAUGCUGAUUAUGGACAUAAUGCUUUUGAUGAAGCUGUCAAGAUUUGCAAUUCUAGAAACAAGGUCAGCAAUGAGGAGGAGGAAUUAAUCAAAGAGGAAUUUAGAAAGUAUUAUAGAUUCAAUUGGAAUCAUAUCGCAACAAGGAAGGUAUUAUCUCAAGUGAGCAAUUUAAUGAUUCUUGAUGAUCACGAGAUUAGAGAUGAUUGGGGAUCUAAUCCAUCUGACCAAACUCAAGGAAGUAUCCCAUAUUAUGUUGGUUCUUUGGCAAGAGAGGUCUAUUGGGAAUAUCAAAGAAGUUUGAGAGGUGACGUUUCUAAUAAGGAGGAAAUUUUCAAAAAGCAUGAAGCUUAUUACAAUAUAAUUGGAGAUACUGGAAUUGUAGUUUUAGAUUUGAGAGCUUCUCGAAGCUUCCUUGAACACCAAUCUGGAAAUAACCUCAAAUUCAUGACAGAAGAUCAAUGGAAGGAUAUCAAUAAUUGGAUUCUGGAAGAGGGAGGUCCACUUUCAUCUCCAAAAGUGAAAUCUUUAGUCAUUGUUUGCUCGGUGCCACUCAUAUUCCUCAAUAAGAAAAUAACAGACAAACUUCCAACGCUGAAUAGUGAACUAGAUGAUUUCAAAGAUCACUUUGUUUUUGGAGAUCACUUUCCAGAGCAAUUGAAAUUAUUAGAAUUGAUGAAAAAGUGGAAGGAAGCUGAUUCGAAACGAAAUGGACUAUUCCUUGGAGGUGAUGUUCACAUUGGAGGAAGUACCUCCAUCUACAAAAAUGGAGAAGUCUUAUGUGAACAAUUGACUUCCUCUGCAAUUUGCAAUUCCAUCAUUCCAUUAUUCGAAUCCACUCUUCUCAAAUUUCUAAUAGGUGCAAGUGAUGAGCUAGUUGAUGGAUGGUCGUUCAAACACGGAAGUUGGAAUAAGGAACGUAAUUAUGGAUUGGUUCAAAUUGGAAUGAAUGAAAAGAGUAAUGACAAGAAGUGUGUCAUUAAUUCAUAUCUAAAUACUCACAAGGAAGCAUUUAUUAAAUAA